GGCACCUGGAGUAUGUCGGGCCCGUUUGAGGGGCACAGUGGGGUUCUGUGCGGCACUCUGUGGAGCCAGUGAUACCAGAUCUUGGAGGAGGUGUUAAUUGAAGUUCAGGUGCUGCCAGGCACUUACACCCAGGAUAUUCAGUGAGACCUGCAGAGCUGGCAUGUGUGCUUGGCUGUGGGUGGCCAUGAAAUUUUCAAGGGCAAACUCUUUGAUUCCACAAUAGCUGAUGAGGGAACAUAAACUUUGGAGAAUAGAACAAUGGUUUGUAUUUUUCUUACAAAGACAAAGAGAGAUGCAGUAAAUAUUGAACUUCUAGAAUCUGAAUACGCAGCUGAUACUUGGGUGCAAGACCAAAUCCAGAGAAAAAUUACAUUAGAAAGAUUCCAGAAAGAAAAUCCUGGUUCUGACUUCAGUGGAGCAGAAAUAUCAGGAAACAAUACUAAAGGUGGACCAGAUUUCUCAAAUCUGGAGAAAUAA